AUGUCUUCUCUCUCUCGAGCCUUCACAACCCGUCGGGUCAAGAACAGCAUCGACCUUUCCGACGCUGCACGGGGGAAGGAGCGCACCAACAUUUUGCAGCGAAGUAAGACUACCAAGUCUCAGCAAGCCAUCAGGCACAAGAUUUCUGCGCCCAUGGAGCUCGUUCAUACCACCAACAUGCUCUCCUACAACGCCCCCGAUAUCCGACCUCGAACUGGAACCGAUGCGUCUAGCAACUCGUCGAGAAAGUCAACAGACGAGGACUCGGAAAGCGCCAAGUCAGCCGCUUCUUCUCCCCCGACCAGCCCCGAUGUUGCACCCCAUGAGCUGCUCAAGGAGCCGAACCAUCUGUCAAGUUAUUUCGUUGCACCAGGCGCACCCAACAACACCAAGACUUCCGAGGUUCCAACCAUUCCCAAGCGCGCACCCACGCACACGAAGCAGGCUUCAUAUGAUGCCGUCGCCCGCCAGCGCUCCCUGUCGCAAAUGUCCAAAGCCUCGGACAAGACGGUUUCCUCUAAGGCCAGCAUGACUUUCUCCUUGCGAGCGUCGUCUGGUUCCAGCGCCGCCUCCACAAUGUCUCACCACUCAAUUACCCCCGCCAUCAAGACCCCUCUACCGCCAAUCCCCUCGCCCGCAUUCCAGCACCAAUCCCCGAGACAAGAAAAGGUGGCCGAGUCGCACCCCUUUGGCCGUGAACUGGCCCAGGUUACGGAAAUCGCCGAGGAGUUUGGUAUCAAGGAUGAUGUCAUGUACGAGGAGGAGCGUCUUCUCAAGGCCGAGGGGCUCUACAAGUUCGCUGCAGAUGACUACCUGUCCGAAGUUCAAAGCCUCUUCCCCAACUUUUUCACCGACAACCAGCCCCAGCGUUCGAUGGCUAUGGCAUGGAUCUAA